AUGUCGAUGUUCACAAAGACACUCGGUAGACUAAGUCCGCGAGUAGCGCUGUCACGCUCAAUGCCAGCUGUUGUUUACGGCCAGUAUCAAGCGGUUGUAUCAUGGACAAGGCCAGCUUCGAGACCUUUCUUCAAAGAAUCCUGCCACAAAUGCCAAAAGAUGGCGGAAUCCCACACUGUAUCUGCUACUACCAAGAGAGAAGUUCUGCCCACGAAUGUGGUGCCCUUGCACUAUGAUUUGAAAGUGGAACCUGAUUUCGAAACUUUCAAGUAUAAUGGUACCGUCAAGAUCGAUUUACAGGUAAACGAUCCAAAGGUGAACAAUGUACAAUUGAAUACUAUUGAUAUUGAUAUUCAUUCAGCCAAGAUAGGGUCUUAUGAAGCGAAAGAUGUUUCUUAUGAUAAGGAUAGCCAGGUGAGUACGUUUACUUUUGAUGACAAAGUGCUUUCUGCUGAUAAGAAAGUUACAUUGGAGAUCGAUUUCACCGGAACUUUGAACGAUAAUAUGGCUGGUUUCUAUAGAGCCAAAUAUGAAGAUAAAGCCACUGGUAAGACGAAAUAUAUGGCUACUACCCAGAUGGAACCUACAGACGCCAGAAGAGCGUUCCCUUGUUUUGAUGAGCCUAAUUUGAAAGCCACUUUCGAUAUUAGCUUAGUCUCUGAUAAGUCUCUUACACACUUGUCCAACAUGGAUGUCAAGUCGGAAGAGAAUCUCGAUGGUAACAAGAAAUUGACUAAAUUUAACACUACUCCAAAGAUGUCUACUUAUUUGGUAGCAUUCAUCGUUGCAGAGUUGAAAUACGUUGAGAACAAGGAUUUCCGUAUCCCAGUGAGAGUUUACGCUACUCCAGGUAACGAAAAGCACGGCCAAUAUGCUGCAGAUUUGACUGCCAAGACUUUGGCUUUCUUUGAGAAAUCAUUUGGUAUCAAGUACCCAUUGCCAAAGAUGGAUAACGUGGCAGUGCACGAAUUCUCUGCUGGUGCAAUGGAAAACUGGGGUUUGGUCACUUACAGAGUCGUUGACUUGCUGUUGGAUGAAGAAAACUCCACAUUGGACCGUAUCCAGAGAGUUGCAGAAGUGGUUCAGCACGAACUUGCACACCAAUGGUUCGGUAACUUGGUGACCAUGGAUUGGUGGGAAGGUUUGUGGCUAAACGAAGGUUUCGCCACUUGGAUGUCAUGGUACUCAUGUAACGCUUUCCAACCGGAAUGGAAAGUCUGGGAGCAGUACGUCACCGAUACUUUGCAACACGCUUUAGCUCUUGAUUCUUUGAGAUCUUCACACCCAAUCGAGGUUCCUGUUAAGAGAGCCGAUGAGAUCAAUCAAAUCUUUGAUGCCAUUUCUUACUCCAAGGGUGCAUCUUUGCUAAGAAUGAUCUCCAAAUGGUUAGGUGAAGAUGUAUUCGUUAAAGGUGUAUCUCAAUACUUGAGCAAAUUUAAAUAUGGUAAUGCCAAGACCGAAGAUCUAUGGGAAUCACUAUCUCAAGCUUCUGGAAAGGAUGUCUUGAAAGUCAUGGACAUAUGGACUAAGAAGGUCGGUUUUCCAGUGAUCUCUGUCAAGGAAGAAGGUAACAAGGUCACUUUCACUCAAAACCGUUUCUUAUCUACUGGCGACGUUAAGAAGGAGGAAGACGAGACUUUAUACCCUGUCUUCUUGGCAUUGGCCACCAAGGACGGUGUUGACAACUCGCUUGUUCUAAAUGAAAGAGCUAAGACCGUAGAGUUGAAAGAUCCAUCUUUCUUUAAAGCCAACGGUGCCCAAGCAGGUAUCUACAUCACCUCCUACUCUGAUGAAAGAUGGGCCAAACUGGGUGGUCAAGCUGAUAAGUUGACCGUUGAAGAUCGUACCGGUCUAGUUGCUGACGUGAAAACUUUGUCUGCUUCGGGUUACACUUCCACUAGCAAUUUCUUGAAACUUGUUUCUCAAUGGGAGAAUGAGAAAUCAUUUGUCGUAUGGGAACAAAUUAUCAAUAGUAUCUCUUCUUUGAAGUCCACCUGGAUCUUUGAACCACAAGAAGUUAAGGAUGCAUUAGAUACAUUCACCAGAAAAUUGGUCUCCCCCAGAGCUCACUCUUUGGGUUGGGAUUUCAGUGGUUCCGACUCCUUUGCUGAGCAACGUUUGAAGGUCACCAUGUUCGGUGCCGCUGCCGCCGCUAGAGAUGAGAAGGUCGAAAAAGCUGCUUUGGAAAUGUUUGACAAAUACAUUGCGGGCGACAAGAAGGCCAUCCCAGCUUUGAUCAAGCCUACGGUUUUCAACACUGUUGCUAGAGCUGGUGGUCUAGAAAACUACGAAAAGAUUUUCAACAUUUACAACAACCCUAUCUCCAACGAUGAAAAACUAGCUGCUCUGAGAACUUUGGGUAGGUUCACGGACGCAAAAUUAUUGGACAGAACUUUGUCCUAUUUGUUCGACGGCACCGUCUUGAACCAAGAUAUCUACAUCCCAAUGCAGGGUAUGAGAGCCCACAAGGAAGGUAUAGAAGCCUUAUGGUCGUGGGUUCAAACCAACUGGGAUGAAGUCGUUAGGAGACUACCACCUGGUCUAUCAAUGUUGGGUUCUGUUGUAGUCAUCGGCACUUCUGGAUUCACCUCCUUCGAAGCCAUUAGCGACAUCAAGAAGUUCUUUGACAAAAAAUCUACUAAAGGGUUUGACCAAAGUUUGGCUCAAUCCCUAGACACAAUCACUUCCAAGGCUCAAUGGGUUAACAGAGACCGUGAUGUUGUCAACAAGUACCUAAAGAACAACGGCUUUUACAAAUAG